AUGGACGACCAGGCACUCUCGGAGAAGCAGGCAUGGGUCAACAGUAUGCGGCAGAAAUUCUGCCGCCGCCCGGAAUUCCCAAUCACCACCAACAUCAUUGACGACGAUGGCUUUCUUAAUCAAGACUACUUUCGACCUCCGAAGGGCGCAUUGUUAGCGGCACCCAGCACCAACAAAUGGACAGAGAAGGAAAGGGCUCUGUUGAUCCAAGGAAUCGAAAAAUAUGGAAUCGGCCAUUUCCGCGAGAUUUCCGAAGAGCUGCUGCCAAACUGGCAACCCAAUGAUCUCCGAAUCAAGACCAUGCGGUUGAUGGGUCGACAAAAUCUCCAAUUAUACCAGGGAUGGAGGGGAGGCGAGCCAGACAUCAAGCUGGAGCACAAGAAGAACCGAGAGCUCGGCGAACGACUGAAUGCGUGGAAAGGAGGCACUCUUGUAUACGACGACGAGGGAGCUGUGCAGAGGGCGCUCGAGGAGAUGCAUCGCAGCCAAUGAAGCCAGAUGCAGCACCGUCGACGACGGCGACCGCAGCAACGCACGACAAUCACCCCAAUGAACCAGCGCUCCCUGCUGUCGGAUCGGCCGCCACUCUCGAUGAGUCCCAAAUACACACCGACCAUCCGAACGAGAUAUCCUGCU